UUCUUCCAUUUCCAUGUUUGAAGGAACUGGAACUAAAGAGAGAGACUCAGAGAUAAUAAAAGAGGGAUUUUUUUUUUACCCUUUUUGCGUCUCUUGUUGUUCUUGUUGGUACUAUUGGAGAUGGGGAGAGGGAGAGUGCAACUGAAGAGGAUUGAGAACAAGAUCAACAGGCAAGUGACUUUCUCAAAGAGGAGGUCUGGUUUGCUUAAGAAAGCCCAUGAAAUUUCUGUUCUUUGUGAUGCUGAAGUUGCUCUUAUUGUCUUCUCCACAAAGGGCAAACUCUUUGAAUACUCCACUGAUUCUUGCAUGGAAAAAAUUCUGGAGCGAUAUGAAAGGUAUUCAUAUGCAGAGAGGCGACUUGUUGCAAAUGAUAACCAAUCCAACGGAAAUUGGACUCUUGAACAUGCAAAGCUUAAAGCUAGAGUAGAGGUUCUACAGAAAAACCACAGGCAUUUCAUGGGGGAAGAACUUGACUCCUUGAGUCUAAAAGAGCUCCAAAAUAUUGAGCAACAGCUUGAUUCUGCACUCAAGCAUAUAAGAGCUAGAAAGAACCAACUCAUGCAUGAAUCCAUUUCAGAGCUUCAGAAAAAGGACAAGGCACUACAGGAGCAAAAUAACAUGUUAGCAAAGAAGAUUAAGGAGAAGGAGAAAGCACAGGCUCAAAAUCCACAAUUGGAGCAGCAACAACAGAGUAGCCAUGGAAUAGAAUCUUCCCCACUUCUCAUACCUCAGCCAUUCCAUUCCCUUAACAUGACUUGUCCUUACCCGACGCGUGACACCGGAGGCGAAGACAUAACCGCCUGUCACGACAGAUCAGGCGCCCUCCUGCCGCCGUGGAUGCUCCGCCACCACCUUGGGGAUUAAAAAUGGUAUCUCACAGACAUGUGUGAUUGUAAAAUCCUUAUAUAUGUGUAGCCAUGCAAAUGAAACAGUACCUAACUCUUUAGGUGAAUAUCUGAUCCUCCCUUUGGAUGGAUAUGGAUAUUGGAUCCUUUCUGAAACUUGUAGCUGAAAGGGUAUGUAAUCCAGAAAAAAGGGUAUAAUGGGUAAAGAAGCCAUGCAAUGCAGGCUUUUUGAUUCCAAAAAUAUAUAUGAGACAUAAUAUAUAAUAUAAUUUAUAGAAUAAGGUAGUGUCAGAACAUGAUUGUAUAGAUAUAUAAUGUGUAAAUGGCAGCCACCAACUUUUGUCAUAUCAAAAUUAGCCAUGUAAUUCACAAUCUUAGAAUGUAAUCAACUUCUGCAGCUCUGUGUAUAUGUAAUGUUGUAUUAUGUGUCUGUCAAAUCA